AAAAGGUUUAUAUAUCAUGUUAUUUGCGAAUGUUUCCUUUGUACACGAGGUUGUUUUUUGUACACUUUUGUCUACAACUUGUAUUAUUCUUGGACAGACCGGUGUAUAAACGAAGUAAUAGUCGCGUUCCCGAAUAAGAGCUCGUUUUAAUGUUAGAAUUUCUCAGCCAGGUGGAGGUUUACAGUUACGUGCAUUCACCCUAGACAGUAAGCGAAACGGUCAUUUCGAACAAAAUGAAGUUGAAGUCAGAGUUACUGGUGCAACCUUCGGGGGAGUUGUCCAAGAAGAUUAGGGAAGAACUAAAAGAAGAUCCUAAAACAAGAGAUCGCGACCUCGCCGCUAUCAAGGACUGGCUCCGGAAACAACCUCAUCUUCCUGAUGAAUGGGAGGACAUGCCGCUCCUCACAUUCCUCAGGGGAAGUAGUUUCUCAUUGGAGAAAUGCAAACGUAAAUUGGACAUGUACUUCACUAUGAGAGCCGCUUGCCCAGAGUUCUUCACCAACCGCGAUGCCACAAGCCCGGCCUUGAGGGAAGUCCUGAAAACUAAGCUACAAGGACCAGCACUGCCUGGCGUAACGCCGAAUGGCAGAAGAGUGACAAUUUGCAGAGGUCUUUAUCCCAGUUUAGAUUCACAGCAAAUAACGGACACUCUGAAGCUAGCUCUCAUGAUCGGAGACAUCAGACUAAUUGAAGAAGUGGAAGGCGUCGCUGGCGACAUUUAUAUUUUAGAUGGAGCUGUUCUUGGUGCAAGUCUGCUAGGAAGAUUAUCUCCGUCAGUAAUCAAGAAGUUCAUGAUUUGUGUUCAAGAAGCAUAUCCAGUGAAACUAAAGGAAGUGCAUAUAAUCAACACUUCUCCUACCGUAGAGAGAUUUGUGACGUUCGUGAAGCCGUUCCUUAAGGAGAAGAUACGGAAGAGAAUCUUCAUUCAUAAAGAUAUCAAGGACUUAUACAAGUACGUCCCACAAGAAAUGUUACCGAAAGAGUACGGCGGUCAGUGUGGUACCAUGGACGAGUUACAGCAAAACUGGACGGACAAGCUGAUAGAGUACCGUGACUGGUUUAAAGCUCAAGACGCUCUGGUCGCCAACGAGAGCUUGAGACCAGGGCGCCCUACUAACUACGAUGAAUUAUUCGGUAUCGACGGCUCGUUUAGACAACUGGCCAUUGAUUAAUGAUACCUAGCCUCAUGUUUAAUAUAGGCAUAAAUAAUUUUAAUUGCAAAAUUUUAAUAUUUCUUUGUUGGAUAAUUAGUUGUCAUUUUAUUGAUGGUAAUAAUACUUUUUUUGUUACAGCUUUCAGUUUAAAAAUUUUAUAAACUAAAUUAGAAAUAAUAUUCAGGUGAGGUUUUGCUCUUUGCUAUAUUUAAAUUGGGAACCAAAUAGGUAUUAAGAAUAUUUGUUGCCUGCUCAAUAGUUUUAACAAUAGUGAUGUUUAUAUAUUCAAUGAUUUCCGUCCUAAUUAUUCGCCAAUUUACAUAAUAGUGUUGUUCCGUUUUAUUUUCGUUUAUUUUUAAUGAAUUUAUAUAUUUCGGGAGCAAAUUUUAUUUAACGUAAGGCAUCUAAAUAAGAUUAAUUAUUAUUUACAUUAAGGUAUCCAUUUCUGUGAUGUACUGAAUAAAAAUGUGCUUAAUCCAUUA